CGGACGUCUCGUUACGCUUCGAUGUUGCCGUCAUGCUGAAACGUUCCGAUAUAUACAGAGUGACCCAAGUAUGACAUUGGCGUUUUUGUAGAAUUAUUCGGCAAGUUCGAAUAGGUUUUUGUGAGCGUGUAAAAGAUGUGAAAAGUUAUUAAAACUUGUUAUUAGCAAAGUGGAUUCUGUACUUUUUAAAAUGUCUGCUCUCUCUUACUUGCUUCUAGCUCUUCUUCUCGUACACACUUCAGGUGCUGAGGACGGCGGCUCCCGGAAAUUCCGAGAUUUCUUGCAGGAAUGGCCUACACCAGGGACCGGACCUUACUUUGACACGUCAAUAAAUUCUAACAUAACGGGACUUGUUGGCAAAACUGUCUUGCUACACUGCAAGGUGAAAAAUCUUGGAAACCGCACGGUUUCUUGGGUUAGGCACCGUGAUAUUCACUUGCUGACUGUGGGCAGAUACACUUACACUUCAGAUCAAAGAUUUGAAGCCAUUCAUACGCCUCACACGGAAGAGUGGACCUUAAGAAUACGAUACCCUCAACGAAAGGAUAGUGGCAUAUACGAAUGCCAAAUAAGCACUACACCGCCUAUAGGUCAUCCCGUGUACCUCACCAUAGUGGAACCCAUUACAGAGAUCCUGGGAGGUCCCGACUUGUUUAUAAACAUGGGCUCAACUAUAAACUUAACUUGUUUGGUACGUUUCGCCCCGGAGCCCCCACCCAGCAUGUUAUGGGCUCACAAUGCUCAAGUUAUCAACUUUGACUCUCCCAGGGGUGGCAUUAGCCUUGUCACUGAAAAGGGCCAAGUCACGACAAGCCGACUCCUCAUUCAGAAGGCCGUACAAAGUGAUUCAGGACUAUAUACGUGUACGCCGUCCAACGCCAAUGCCGCUAGUGUUAGAGUACAUAUCCUUAAUGGUAUUUUUGUUCCAGGAGAACACCCAGCAGCGAUGCAUCACGGGCGCGGUGCUCUGCAAAGAUUAUCCCAUGCGACCAUCCUCCUCAGUUUGGUGGCCUGCCUAGUAUUGCGCCACCCCACGUAGCGGCAAUUUUAGGUGAUACUUCCACAAAUAACAGACUGAUAUGUGAAUAAUCAGUUUAAAAUAUCUCUCCGUAUAACGCUGCCGGCCAUAGUGAUGGACAUGCUGCGUGUCAGUGAUAUUGAUGAACUGCAUUAAUAUUAGUAAUUACAUUCGUACCUCUGACUAUAAUCGCAUGAAUCUCACGACGUGAUCAUUUCGUUAAUGAUUAAAACGUCAAAACUGAUCACAUGAUGUAGUGGCCCCAUUGUCGUUAUUUACAAUUAGGCACUUUGUAAAUUGCAUGUGAAGACAGACGGGUUCGAAUCCGCGUUUACUGAAAAUUGUUAUGUAUGAAAUUUUUAUAUCCGCGAUGGUCAGUUCUGCCGACUAGUAAAUGCACUUGUCCUAUGUCUGUAAAUUAGUUAGAUACGACCAUUCGAUUAACUUAAAACCAGUGCUCAUUUAUGACGUAUAACUUUAACUGAGAGGAUCAAACGAUAAAAUGAUCGUUGUUUACUUUCGUACCACACUAUAAAUUUUUCUGGUUUCAGUCUGAGGUUCAUGCUAUACAGUCACUAAUUCUAAAAUUCCACAUAUAAAACGCUCUGACAUUUUGUAUAAUUUGUUACGUCAGAGUUUUGUACAUAUCAUAAAGAAAAGCAACGAUUUUCUCUCUUGUACAUACAAAAUUUUGAUAUAGAUAAGGUCGUUUCAAUUUUGUACAUAAACUGUCAUCGAUAAAUGAAAAUAAGCUAUGACAUUUUCAUUAACUGCCAUAAGUAAGAUGUAAUUGUGUUUCCCGUCAAGUUGUUGGUUCUGUCAACGUCUUAGCCUAACCCUUUUAAGCUCCAAUAAUAAUUGAAUUACGUCAGCAUUGCAGGGGUUCACAUGAAGAUCUCUGUGAACAAUCUAACCAACCUUGGCAGUUUCUCAGCUUCUCCAACGUAUUGAAUAAUGGCUUCAAAUGUUUGCAGAACUGGGCAAUCGCAGAUACACCCUUUUAUUACAAAAUAAUGCAAACACACCGUUAGCUUAGUCAGUUUAGACAUUUUGCUACGAAUUAACAAUCCAACUGAAAGAGAACACGUCUCGUCGCAAUAAUAAAAACGGAUCCAUUCGAGUUGAGUUGCCAUUCAAUUAACUUAUUGUCUUCCAUCAGGCGAAAAAAUGCGCAUAUAUUCUGACUUCACUGUUUUCACAGGCUCAGGCAAUUUAUAAAUCAAAUCAUUUUCUUGAAGGCGCAAUUUAUAAAGAUCAUUAGGAGAGAGAAAUCUAGGCGCAGCGAUUCGUCGAUCAUCAAACAUGAAUGUUUGCUAACAUCGAGUUAUGAUAAAUUGAUCUUGGGUUUAAUUAUGCAGGGGAAGGCCGAGAUAUAGUAAAGUAAACAUAAUUCCAUCUCCUCGAGUUUUUAAAGAAACAGAAAACGGUCAUCCUUCAAGAAUAAUAGCUGCAGAAUUGGAAGAUGCAGUUGUUUUUGCCUGAUAUGGCUUUUUCAUAAGACAUUUGUGAUUGAUGUUAUGAAUUCCGAUGCGAAUAUGAUAGACUUUUAUUUUUGAAUGGACCGAAUUGGAAACUGAACAGUUUCCGUUUGCCGUUUAUUGCGAUAAACCCUUCGACAUAUUGGAAUCAUUUAUUUAUUUUCAACAAAUGUUUCGCAGAGUUUAAGUAAAAACUAUAGAAAUAUUUAUGAAUAUUUUCAGUUUCUGUCCGACUAGUCAGAUUUUUUCUUUUGCCUUAAAGGUGUGCUAAUUAAAAUGAGACCCUUUGAUAUCCGGUGACCCAACUUUUAUAAUUUUCGAGUUCGUAAUUUCGAUUGGCUCCUUGCCACCGGCACGUUACCAAUUGUGAACUAAUCUAAAUGCUUUUAAUUUGUUUCCUGUCGCCUGUUUCAAAGGAAUAAUUUUCUCUGAUAUCGCCAAAGACAAUGUCGGAACCCAGAAUUUAUUUGCUCGAUUCUUUUUUCAUUAAAAAUUUCCGGGAUCAGACAAAAUCAAACGUCGAAUUUUUUGCUGUGAAUUUAGACUGCUGGUGGGCAUUUGAGUUUGAAAUAAUUUCAAACUUCUGCUAUGAUUCUUGAGUGUCUGUAUGUUCUUCUUAAUUUCGUAUUUACACUGUUAUUGUCAAAUGCGUCCGCAAAUGUUAUCGAAAUUAAUUCUACAAUAAUUUCUAAGGGCUGAGCUUACCAUAGGUCAAAUAUUAUUGUACCAAACUUCUAAAUGAUUAAAGCAAAACUUUUUCAGACAUCAACGACUGUUAUUCUUUUAUUAUUUUCUUAGAAUACUCAACGUUAUGGGAAACAAACAACUGUUUUAACUUACGUGACUGUUAUUUGUUACUGAAAAAGUAAACAUGGCAGUUUUGUUUCCUGAAGCGGCCAUUGUUCAAUCGUGGAGAAUUAAUAAGGAACCGAUAAAUCGACAAGAACUGAACAACUUCGCGGCACUUAAUGUAAGUUCAUGAUGACAGUUCCAUAAUUGUAUUAAUUGAGAAAGUUUUAAUAAACGCAGAAUUUGUACCUUAAGAACAUCUCGACCUUAUAAUUUAAAGUCUUUCCAUAAAGGUAAAAAAUAUUUGUGAGCUGUUAAUAUGUAAAUAUGUAUAGUUCGUACUUUUGUUUGAAAUGAAUUGCUUAGUUUAUUGUAUGUUUUUGUUAAAUCAUGUGAUUUUUGGUGUGAUAAAACUAAAAUGUAAAAAUAAACGUUUUAUAUAAUUGAUGACCAAAAUUUUAGUGAGAGAUUUAUUAAACGGUAAUAGCUGUUGGGAAAAUUCAAAUUUAUUAAUGGUAUGUAAUAGUGAACUGUAAAUAUAGUCAAUGGAUUCAAUGUUUA